AUGUUGGUGGGCAACUACACCAACACCCUUGUGCACACCGGCUUCGAGUUCCCGACUUACAGCCGCCACGGCUCCAGCAAGAAACUGUUCGCAUGUGUGGAUGACGAACAUGUGACGCUCAGAGUGGCAGUGUUUGAUCACCAGGGACACUUGAAGGACACCAUUCCCACAGGACAAGAACACUUGGUCGUUGUCCGGCUCUUCUUGACCCCGGAAGAGCUGCAGCUGCUGAUGGAUAGCGUCCCGAAGUGGGAUAUGGCCGGUGCCAUUCCGUGCACCACAAAAUCGAACAUGAGCGAGAUCGACCUCUUGGUUUGCAAUAAGGACCUGGAAACCGACGCCAAAGCCAAAAGCAUGGUGGGUGCCAUUAAGGAUGCUUUCCGAAAUGGUGCUCUCGGCUGGAUGAGCUGCUUAGCCAACAUCAAGAACAUGUAG